GCCGCCGACUAAGUUGGGGGUAUCUCCCCCUCGAUCUUUCGCGGGGUUUUACUUACCCCGGAACUCGCGCGCUUCCCGGAAUUGGAAGCGAGAGAGGAAAGAAUGCGGAGGUGGAAGGACGAGCCACCCGCUGUCAGAGUUUACACUGUUUGCGACGAAUCAAGGUAUUUGAUCGUGAGGAACGUACCUGCUCUAAGAUGCAUCGACGAAUUGGUGAAAUUGUUCGGCUCCUACGGGGAGAUUUCUGAGUAUAGGAUCUUGGAUGAAGAAGAACGGGAGCAGUUUACUGAGGUUUGCUGGAUAAAGUUUUCCCAAGUCGGCAAUGCAAGGUUUGCAAAGAGAAAGCUUGAUGAGUAUGUUUUCUAUGGGAACCGACUCCAGGUGUCUUAUGCACCUCAAUAUGAGAUACUCUCAGACACAAAAGAGAAAUUGGAAAUCAGGAGAAGGGAAGUACUAAGCAGAUUACAUUCUGGAAACCAGAAACCUCCAAAAUCUAAAGCUCCACAAAGGGACAUUUUCGGACCUCUACUGCCACCUGUAUACCAAAAAAAUUAUGUCCUUGAUCAGUUAAAGCCUCUGGAAGGCCAAUCCAGUACAAGUGGAGAUGUAAAUGUAAGCUCCAUGCCAUCCAGCUCAGGGCAGUAUUUUCCAUUGGCGUCAAUGAAUGAGACAGUUCAAUUGGUUAGAGAGAAGCUGGAUAAGGGCAUUAUCAUGCGGAACGUGCUCAGAUACAAUCAACAGGUACUGAGCACUGUAGUCAUCCUGAAGCAGGUCCUUCCAUGAAGAAAGCAAAGGUGGACAACAGACGAAGGAUCUGACAAAUCUUUGGCCCUCCCAUAAGACAACAACGGAGUACGACUGCGGUAGUACGCAUGCAUAUCAGAGGUGAAAGGACACAGCUGAUCCGCACCCUCGAGCACUCCCAUAAGCUAAUAUUCCCUCCAUUUUCCUCUUAUAGUCUGCAUCGAUGUAAGGGGGGAUGAUUGCACUUUCAGCUUGGUGCGGUGUUCCACCUGAUAAGACAACAACGGAGUAGCAUCCAUGGAAUUUAACCGGCGUUCCAUCUUUAUAAGAUGACUAAGUAGUAUCAAUGUUUUUGAACCA